AUGGAGGUUGAGAAAAUGUUCCAUGACUGGGCCGAGCACGAUGAUGUCGUCAAGUCUCUUGGGCCAAAACACUUUUUGGACUUUGUGGCCUACUAUGAAACCUACCGUCCACAGCUUCCCAAUCCUUGGAUGCCACCUCGCAUGAAGGACUUCCUGUUGCUAGAGACCUUGAAGAUACCUUCUCGGCCUGACUCGAGCAAGGGUCCUUUGAUUUCUCGCCCAGUACCUCUCCCCCCAGCUCUGGCGAAAUUUGCAAAACCAGUCGAAGCACAGGAAAUGAACAUUGCUGCUGAACAGGCAGCAAUGCGGAAGAGAAAGAAGGAAGAGCAGAAAGCAGCAGUUGCAGCAAAGGAAGCUGAGAAAAAUGAAAAACAGAAGGCAAAAGCAGAAAAAGAACAGAUGCAAGCCAAACGCGCAGAACGAGAAAGGAAGAAAGCUGAAAAGGAGGCAAAGCGCCAGGAGAAGGAGGAGGCUAAAAAAAGCAAAAAGGAAUCAGUGCUGAAGCCAAGUGCUGCAGCUGGGGCAAGUGCAACCGAGGAAGCUGUGGAAAUGAAAAAACCCUCUAGGAAAGGGACUGAUACUGAGAAAGCACCUGCAAAGACUCGCAAGGCCCGAAAGACUGGAAUCAUGGAAACACCGUGCAAGGUUUGGAACCCCCAUGGCAAUCAGACCCCGAAAAAGGUUCUGGAAAGACGAAAGAGGGAGAUGAAGGCGAAGAAUGGUUUGGCAAAGCUUCGUCGCAGCAGGGAGCUCUUGCCUGACAUGCUUGCAGAUUUGGAAGAACCAAAGGAUGAAAGCAAAAUGAAUCUCAUUUUAACAUUAAUUAACAAGUGUGUGCAAACAUGUGCCAAAAACAAAAAGUGA